GUUUUUCCCCGCAACCAUUUCGCAUAUCUACUGGUUCUCGCAGCGAUAGUCUUAAUGUAUGGUGUGUUUUCUAUUAGUUGUAAAAUAGAAAUUUGUGGUAGAAGUAAACAAUUGCAGAAAUCAUAAAAUGCAUUUCCAGCAAAUAUUGUUCCUCGGUGCCAUUGCUAUCGCCUUUUUGGCUUUUUUGUGGUUUGUAUUUGACUCGUUGUUUGGCGAUAAUGCAUCAAAUGAGCUUAACCCUCAGGCGGGCUACGCCUUCGAUUAUAUAGUAGUUGGUGCUGGAACCGCUGGUUCAGUGGUAGCUUCCUUGCUUGCCAAGCAUAGUCCAACCUCAACGGUGCUCCUCAUUGAAGCUGGCGAUUCUUUUGGUUUUUUAAGUAAAAUACCUUUGUUGACCACAUUUCAGCAAAAAGGUAUCAACGAUUGGGGAUUUCUAUCCGAACCACAGGUUUAUUCUUCGCGAGGACUUGGGGAACAGCGUCAAUACUUGCCUCGUGGUAAAGGACUUGGUGGUUCUUCCAUGUUAAAUUAUAUGCUGCAUUUCGACGGCGAACCUCGUGAUUUUGAAAGUUGGAGAAGUAGACACAACUUAACUGAUUGGAGUUGGAAGGACAUACGACCUUUCCUUACCGCGGUUCGUACACAGACUCAUUCCCUAUUCGAAAUAUCAUCGGACUAUUCGAAAAUAACGGAGGCUUUACACAAUUUGAAAAAGGAAUUUUCGAGAAAAAAUUGGCGAUUUCGUCGUGCCCGGUAUACAAUUAGAAAUGGGCUCCGUUACAAUGUAUUCCAUCAAUUUUUGCUACCGUCACUCAAGCGCCGCAAUCUCUUCACGCUUACCAAUGCAUAUCUAAAACGAUUGAACCUCGAUUACAUCGACGAAGAAAGGAGUGAGGUGCAGACUAUUUUAGUUGGUGUGAUGGAUGAGAAAAAUCAUGAGGAGUACGUUUUCAGUGUGGAUGUGCGAUGUGAGGUGAUACUUUGCGCUGGCGCUUAUCAAUCUCCACAAAUACUACUGGCGUCUGGUAUUGGCGAUGCCACGCUGUUUGAGAAUUUAGACAUGCGGCAACAGUUACAAUUGCCAUUGGUGGGCGAAAAUCUACACGAUCAUCUUAAUCUACCACUCUUCAUAUCCAUUGACACUGUGGGACCAACAUUAAAUCAACGCUCCAUACUUAACCCCAUCCAAAUAUUGAAUUAUUUGAUAAACGGCUAUGGUCACUUAGGUAAUUUCGGCGUUUUGGGUCACAUCGAUUCCAGCUACGAAGAUAGCUUUGGUCUGACUUUCUUUGGUGUUGGAGCUGUGGAUGAAAGCGCUUUAAUGUCAAUCUCCAAUUUCAAACAGGAGUAUUUUCGCGCGCUCUUCCCGCGUUAUUACAACAGUUCACAGGAGGGGUUCGUGCUGAUAUCCACAUGUCUUCAGCCCAAAUCUCGCGGCACUGUUACUAUCAGGGUACCCAACACUCGUUGGAAACCAAUUAUAGACCCGAACUAUCUGCGGGAGGCCGCUGACAUUGAUUGUACGAUCCGGGCUAUACGGGCUGCAGUGGAGGUCGUGAAAUCUGAAAGCUUCGCUUCACUACAUCCGCGCAUUCAUUGGCCCAAGAUUGAUGAGUGCAAACAAUAUGGACCAACGGAGAGGGACUUUGAUGAAAAUAUGCCUGCUGAUCGAUAUUUGGAGUGUGUGAUAAGACAUGUGGGACUGGGCUCUCAUCAUCCUGGCGGAACUUGUGUAAUGGGCACAUCAGCAAAUAACAGUGUCGUGAAUUCGCAGUUCAAGGUCCACGGAGUCGAUAAUCUGCGUGUAAUUGAUGCAAGUGUAUUGCCCAAGCCCAUUUCAGGCAAUCCCAAUUCCGUAAUAAUUGGCAUGGCGAUUCGAGGCGCCACAAUAAUUCUACAAAGGGAAAAAAUUAAAAAGAAAUAAGGAUGCGUGGCAUCCCACACUUACAUAUAAUGCAAUAAGAAUAAAUAUUUGUUGUUAAUAAGUGCUUAUUUAACUUAGUUACUGAAAUAUAGUAAAUGUUCGGAUUGAAUUGUUUAAGCGAAGAAUUUCCGUGUUUCUGUUUAACCGUUGAGUAUUUCUUUUGGUUUCAAUAGGUUCCG